AUGCCCUGGAACGUCAACCGCAGCUACUACAGUAAUCCGGACAACUGGUCGAGUCAGCAAGCCCAGUGGAUGGCAGCGCCUCGCAAGUGCUGCGGCGAUGUCUAUGGCCAGAACAAGGGCGGCUACUGUUUGGUGGGGCCCAUGAAUGGGUCACUCAAGUGCAAGUACUGUUUCAACGCGUGGAACCCAAAGUUUGGCACUCUCGGUUUCUAG